UGCCCGAAUGCCCAUCUCAAAAAAGCUGGGGUUCAAUUGCGGUAGAUCUUGGUGUAUGCCCGAGUCCGUAAUAAGCUUUUGUGAGCAGGCAAAUGAACAGCAAAGCCCUCUUUCAACGGCUUGUUUCCCCGAGUGGUUGGGAAGAAGCAAGAAGCCUGAAUAUCGGUCACCCUCCAGCAGGUCUCUUUAUCCACGGCCCGAUCGCCGAGCUCGAAGUUGGGGUUUUUCUUGUCGAUGUCAGAAUUAAAACGCAGUCCCUGGAUGAUUACUCCGUUCUUUCCCCGGACAGCGACAGCCAACAACUCGCCGCAGCAAUGCAACAUCUAAAGUCCUUCGACUUCAUAACUGAUUGUGGACGUGAACAUGCGCUCAGCACGGUCGAGAUAGCGAAGCUUAGAGAGUUUUUCACAGCUAUGUGCAGUUCUCGGCUGCUAGAAAAUGUGAGGAUCUGUCUUGAGGGCAUGACGCCGCAAAACACGGGUAGCUUAUGGUCUUGCAUCCCCAAUUUCAAAUCGCCAAAGCUGAGAAAGCUCCGUUUGCAAUCUAUGGGACUCCAUCUUACCGAAUUAGCACCCUGGAUUGACGAACUGCUGGUUUCAUCGUCGCACCCAAUGUUGUGGCUGAAAAUGGAGCGAUUCGGUCUUUUGAGCGGAAAAUGGGCGGACGCGCUUGAUGUCUUGAGAGAAAAGGCCGUGCUUAUCAUUGAGCUUGAACGUCCGUGGAAUUUUGAGGAUGGGAUGACGGAGUCGUCUUGGCCAACCUGGCACGAAGUUUUCAAAAGACCAGCCCUCUCUGGCUUUUGCAAAGCUGACGAUUAUGUAAACGGAUGGAUCGAUCAGAACCCUCUCAGAACGAUUGAGUCAGAUGGAGAGUGA